UCCAACAUGAAGGUUUCUGCAGCACUUCUGUGCCUGCUGCUCAUGGCAGCCACUUUCAGCCCACAGGGACUUGCUCAGCCAGAUUCAGUUUCCAUUCCAAUCACCUGCUGCUUUAAUGUGAUCCAUAGGAAAAUUCCUAUCCAGAGGCUGCAGAGCUACACAAGAAUCACCAACAUCCAGUGUCCCAAGGAAGCUGUGAUCUUCAAGACCAAAUGGGGCAAGGAGGUCUGUGCUGACCCCAAGGAGAGAUGGGUCAGGGAUUCCAUGAAGCAUCUGGACCAAAUGUUUCAAAAUCUGAAGCCUUGAGCCUUCAUACCUGGACUGAGAGUCAGAGCCUGAAGAAAACCUAAUUUAUUUUCCCCAACCUUCCCCAGGUGCAGUGUGACACUAUUUUAUUAU